AUAGUAGAGCCAAGACUCGUCAUCAAGUUCAUCCCAACCGCCCUUCAUCAUAGCCAAGACGCUAUCAUCCACUUUCCCCCUCAUUACGACCAUCUCAUCUCGAAGAUAGUCCACUUUACGGAGCUAGACACACAAUGUACAUCCGAAACAACCUGCUCGUCUUGGCCCUCUGCCUCUCCACCCUAGGCCUCGCCUCGCCCACCACCAGCUCAAAGAGCGGUUCCAAGACGUCGCACAAGGGGAGCAGUGGUUCCUCCAAGGGCUCGAAAGCGCACUCUAGCGUCCCGGCUCAUGCGCCAAAGGGUACUUCGGCGCCGAGUUCCGGGUCCGCUGCCGGUGGCGGCGGUGGUGGUUCCGCGGCAGGCAACGGGACGACCUCUGGCGGCGCCAACACGGAGCUGCAGACGACGUUCCCGACGGCCAAGGGGUCGCAGAACAUUGCUGCCGUCAAGACCAUUGCUGCGGGCCAGUCGUUUGACGGCGGGAUGGUGAUGUGGGAUCGGAGUCCGAGUACCUGCAAGGGCCAGACCGAGGGCGGGAACAAGGACGCGGUGUUCAUCCUCGAGGAAGGGGCUACGAUUAGCAAUGUGAUUAUUGGGCCUAAUAAUGGUGAGGGGAUUCAUUGUUUGGGGAGUUGUACCAUCAACAACGUCUGGUUUCAAAAAGUCUGCGAAGACGCCAUCACGUUCCGCCAAACGUCAGGCACAUCCUACGUCAACGGCGGCGGCGCCCAAGACGCGGCCGACAAGGUCCUCCAGCACGACGGCGGCGGUACGGUCGCCGUCAAAAACUACUUUUGCAAAAACUGCAGCAAAAUGUACCGCAGCUGCGGCAACUGCAAGACGCAGGUGGCGCGGCACUCUACAUUUGACAAUAUCCGGCUCGACGGCGGGAAAGUGCUCAGCGGCGUCAACGGGAACUUGGGCGAUGGGACGAUUGUGAGGGACUCGUGCGUGCUGGGCGGCGCGCAGGUGUGUGAGAAUUUUGAGGGGAAUAGUAGUGGUGCGGAGCCCAAGUUGGUGUCGAGCGGGCCGGAUGGGAAGUUAUGUGUUGCUACAAAUGUUAAGACGAGUGGGUGUUGAGGGGGUUGUUUGGGAAGGGAUAUGGAGAGAGUCUCGAUGAGAUUCUGGUGUUUUUGCGAGUAGGAAUGGCUACUUCCGUUGUCUAUACUUUGAAGCAGUACAUAUGAUUUAGAAACGGCUCUGAGUCUGGGCCCACCUAGAGUUGGGCCGGUCUCUAGGCUGAAGCUGUAGAUACUUUUAUAUUAUCCCGAAACCUACUUUAACCACUGUCAACACGGAAGAAAACAUCUAGCCUGCUUUCUUAC